CGUCACCCACGGUCCGUUUGCACGCGCGUUGGCAUGCAGGUGACUUUCGCCAAGAACCUCCAAGCUCUUCCCGCAAGGCCUCUCUCUCGCCCCGCAAAAUUCAGUCAACUCAGCAUCGACCUUUCAGAGUAAGACUCGGAGAAAGCAGUGCCCAAGUGCCCAGCAUGAUCAACGAAAAGAACUCCAUGAAGUCGACCUGGCGAUACACCGACCGCUCAACAUGGAACUUCCAUCAAAAAACCCUCGUCUUCCUCGAUAUCUUACCUGCAUCCCGCAACGACAAACCUGUUCCGAAACACCAAAAGACCGACAAGAUACCCUACCUGCCUGACUGGUACAUGUAUCGCUGGAUCCUGUCCCGUGCGCUACUUCCCCUCGCCCUGCAGUACGCCGUUGUGUCCUACACCGGCAAGCCGUGGCACGUCUUUGCGGUGUUCAUAUACUAUUCGCUGUGGUUCAAAGCCAUCGGCAUCAAUCAGAUACACGUCCUCCGUCGGAUCGGUAACAUAUACGGCUUUCUCGACGGUGACCAACACGAUCGCGACGAUGUGCCCGAUGUUGGUGUCAAAAAGGUUAUGCGCUCGCUCUCCAGCACAGGCACCUUCCGACCUAUGCUCAUCGCCUUGCUGACCUACGACAUCCGCUCCAACGCCGUGCCCAACCCGCACUGGGCGUGGCUGCCACUGACCGUCGGCUGCUACGGCAUCGCCCUCGAUUUCUGGUUCUACUGGUACCACCGCCUGAUGCACACCACCGACUCCCUAUGGAAGUACCACCGCACCCACCACCUGACCAAACACCCGAACCCACUCAUGUCGCUCUACGCGGACACCGAGCAGGAGAUCUUUGACAUCGUUGUCAUCCCGCUUAUGGCGUAUCUCACUCUUACGGUCGUCGGCAUUCCAUUCAACUUCUACGAUUGGUGGAUAUGCGGCCAGUUUGUCACCUUCAGCGAACUUACCGGCCACACCGGCUUGAGAUUGCACGCGACCACCCCCACGCCAUUUGGGCCGCUGCUCCGACAGCUUGAUGCGGAUCUGGUCAUUGAGGACCAUGACUUGCAUCAUCGCCGCGGAUGGAAAAAGUCGUUCAAUUAUGGGAAGCAUUGCCGGUUGUGGGAUCGGUUGUUUGGAACUUCUGGAGAGCGCAUUGAGAGUAAAGAGCAGAAUGUGGAUUAUGAGCAUCCGGCGUCGCUCCCUCUGUGGUGAAUUUGAAAAGGAAGUGAAAGGGCAUGCGUUGUCAUACUAAUUUUUUGGUUCAACACCCCCACCUUCUUCAACAGUUAACUUGGUAGUUUUUGUGUAAAACAGCGUGUGAAUAUAAGUCUGUACCAUAGUUCUACUACUCAAAAACGGACGGCUGACCAUGGCUCAUCAGAAAUGCAGUCCAAUGAACCAACCUUCUCCGGUAAACACCUGUCAAUACCGUGUUCUGACAGCAUCUGUGUAAAAGUUUGCCG